AUACCGAGCGCCCGAAGUGCUCAUGGGCAUGCAGUGCCAGACCACAGCAGUGGACGUGUGGGCUGCUGGGGUAGUACUGCUUACCCUGCUGUGCCGCAUGACACAGUUCCAAUGGUUCCAGUAUAACGACAUAGUCACGGCAACGAAAGAGAUCUACGGCACAACUAUGGGUAUACAUACGGGUCAGUACAGAGAUAAGAUCAGAGAUGUUAUCGAAGAUUUCAAGCUCGACGUUAAGGUAAAAUUGUUGUCGUCGGCGUUGUUGUAUCAAGAGGAUGAGGAUGAGGGUGAUAUGGAGGCGGGAGGCCUGAGGUUGCUAACUUGAUGUCAUUCAGAUUCCACCAUUGGAACUGCAUCUCAGCUAUGC